CAUCAACAAUGGUCGCCAUCUUGGUCGCCAUUAUCGUUGCCAUCUUGGAUUAUACCAAGAAUUAGGAAUCAGGUUGAAAUUACGAUAAAUUGUAUUUUUCUUUUUAGUGCUUGACAUGUAGAAUAACACAUAAAUAAGCACUUUGUGUCAUUUCAUCGACAAUUUUUACUUUUAUUGCUGAAAAACAUUUGGAAAAAAACAUGCAUUUCACUCAAAAAUAGCCUGGUCCAGGCUCCGAGAUGGUAGGUAGGUACGUGGUGUAAAACAACUGCUACUUAUGACGUCAUAUCUCGUAACCAUAGAAACUGGCCAUCACUAAACUAACUACUAGUUAGAAAAACGAACAGCUACUGCAAACGUGAGGUGCUGAUGUUUUAUCCUCUACGAAAAAAGAAACACAGAGGGCACGGGGGGUGGUAACUACCCACUGCCCCCCCCCCCCUGCCUCCCUGCCCUGAACAUAAACUAAGCGUUUAUUUAGUCGACCCAUUAUUAUUCCUCUAAGCACGUUUUUGCAGCAAAAAGUUAACACGUUGGUCAAAGAGUUGAAGCAUGGGGGUGAAAGAAAUUGCGGUCAAAACGUAUUGUUUUCCCUGUCUUCUUGUUCCUCGCACGUGUGCGGUAUCUAAUUAAACCAAUUCGUGAAAUCGUCCUAUUUUCAAACUAGAGCCACAGUGGUAUGUGGGAAUAGGGGAUGUGGGAUCCCGGAUCUAGGAUCAUUUGGGUGAGAUCAGGGAUCACUGUGGCGGGAUCAGGAUCAGGUUGUAAAUUUGGGAUUUGGUAUCACUUCCACAACUGGAGGGCUAAAUAUAAACAGUAAGUGUAUUUAACGUCACGGGGCUACAGUUCUGAAUACUGCUAAGUGAUACUUGAGAUAAUGGCCGUUUUAUGGCAUCUCCUUUAUCACAAUUUAAGAGAAUUUUGGGAAAUCAGAUCACAGCAAUGGGGACAUUACUGAUCCCACUUACUCCGUUACGACCCUGUCGGUCAGAAGCCAGUCAAAAAAUAUGAACACUGCUAGGACAACAAAACUUGUCCUUUUAACGGGCUGGUGUCAUCCUAAGCCGCUUUAAAACUUGGAAUGAUUGAUACAUUUAAUAGGCCAUUUUUAAGUUUCCUUAAGCCUCUGCUUCAAAGAGAGGCGAAGUGCGAAGCCAUUAUUGUGGAAAUGAUUUUUUUUAUUCACAUGCAAAUAAAGCUCAUUUUCGCAACAAAGUGAAAGUGUUUGGAACUCGGGAAUGGCUUGUAGAGAAAGAUGUUUUUUCAGUCCCUGACACAGGUGGCUUGGAAGAAAAAAUCUGAGUACUCCCUUUAACAGUGGAACAGAAGCAUAUAACCCGAAGCGUAUAACUUUGUCUCAAUGCUCGGGUUUUUUAGGGAACCAAUCAAAAUUUACUUCCUAAAAUGGAAUUACUGAUAAACGAGAUUGUCGUGCGAGUGCUCUAUAGGAAAACUUGUAUCACGAUGUAAAUGAUGCGGUGCAAAAAGCAUUUACUGUUUUACGAGGUAAUAUUUGACAAAAAAGCGGAAUACAGUAUUAAUCCCCAAAUGACCAAGACUUAGUUAGUUCCUCCUAACAAGACAAAGUCGACUACCAAUAACAUGCACCGUAUUAAAAAGAGAAGCGAUUUCUUAAAGUUGUUACUUCAACUGACGAUUUUUGCGUAACCAUUAGGGCAAAUAACCUUUAAAAAAAUCAGUUACUAUCUAUCCAGAAUAUAUAUUUAAAAUAGUAACACAUAUUUUAAAAAAAAAUUCACUAGUUGCUGAACUGAAAAGUAUAAAUUGUAUAAAAUUCCCUGGCAUCUUCGCAGAAGUGAUUCUAGUAAUAAGACACUGAAUGAGAAGGAUGAAACGCAAGUUAUAAAGACUUAGACGCGGCGAUCAUGUUUUCAACUAAUGUUUUGAAUGGAAAACAGAAAACAAUAAACAGACAAAUUGUUUCUUGAAAAUUUUUAUGCGAAAACCCAUAAGUUUACCGUUAAAAGCAAUUCACGUAACACUGACUGGAUCGUCAGGAUCCGUUUCCACAAGUAAAAUCGGCUGAGCACAUGGCAAAAACACUAAAAUUAUCCGUCUUAAAUCGGGCGCAUUUCCCAAUUUUUUUUUGAAAACUCUAUCAAAAAUAUAUAAAACGUCUAUGAAACAUUUCUAAACACAUAAAUUUCCUUUCAUCAUCGUACUUUCCUUGAGCAUAAUGUGUAAAAUGUAAGUUUACCUGAAAAAUCUGUAAAACGGUUGCUGACUUGGUCGCAGUGCAGAAAACUUGACAAGCACUCCUCCGUGAAAGAAACAAGGUCGAAGUCCUCGAAGGUAAAUUUCGCAGCUUAAGACUUUUCUUUGUCCCCAACAAGAAAAAAAACUUUUACAUGUCACACGUCUAAUCAAAACUGCCAUACAUGUGUUCGCUUGCUGUUCUGAAUGAAUCAAAAAAAUCUACACUCACAAAAAAAAAGUUCCGUUCCGACUUCGUCGGCGUCUUGUACAACGUUUCUGCAAAGCUUGCCAUAUCAUUUUGUUUGUAGUCACCAUGCUGGUUUUACUGAAUGAGAGCAGAAGUUGCAGAUAACUGGUUUGGUGUGGUAGACAGGUUUGCAGCUAUUAGCCUGAGGAUGAUCUUUGUCGGUCAAAGGGGCUGCAAACGCAUUUUGCGAUAUCGUGAAAAAAUGUAAACAUCCUUGUCUUAUUUCGUCGCUGGUCGAUGUUUUCAAGCCAUACCGCUUACAACUUUGUGGCUCUUUAUGUUUUCCCCAGGGUUGCAUUUUAUAUCAGCAUAAUUACUUUAUCUUUUAUGCCACAAAACGAUUUCUUUCGGUUGUAGACAUACAUGUACAAGCGUUGCAAGCUCAAAGCUUGAAUUCUCUGAUUCCAUAUUUGGGCAAAAUAUUUUUCCGUAUUUCUGAUUGGACGGCUGCGUCGGCUAAAAAACCCGAGCAUGGUUAUAAACAGAUAAGGGGAAUUUAGACGCUUCGGGGUUACAUGCUUCUGCAGUGGAACGUCUGACCUUCUGGUUCCAGUUGUUCGAAAGUUGGAUAGCACUAUCCACCGGAUAAAUCACUAUCCAACGGAUAAGUGUUAGGAAAGCGCUAUCCAUUGGUUUUAUCCGGUGGAUAGAGCUAUCCACCUUUUGAAAAACUGAGGCCUAGUCCAGAUGCUCUUGACUGACCUACAGGAGACUCAUGGGAGUCACUAUUCAUUUGCUGGAACUUGCAUAUAUCACUCGAACUCUCCAGCACACAAACGUUUAGACUACCGUUAAGUGUCAUAGAGUGUGCGAGGGGAACGUGUGUGAAAUUUCUCCCUUCUCUGCAUGCUGGCAGCUGGUUUUGGUUGAUCCUGAGAAAACAGACGACAUUUCGCGAUGCCACCAACGCCACCCGCGAAAUGACGUCUGAGAAAGGGCACAGAGAUUUCAUACUGAUGACGUGUCACUACCCAGGUCUGGGUAGUGCUUCUGAUUGGUCAAGGCAAAUUUCACACGCGGCACGACCAAUCAGAAGCAAUACCCAGAUCUGGGUAGUGAUGCGUCAUUAACAUGGAAUUUCUGUACCAGUUUCUCUGACGUCAUUUCGCGGGCAAAUCGUUGGUGGCGUCGCGAAAUGUCGUCUGUUUUCUCAAGAUCAACCAAAACCAGCUGCCACGUCAAGAUUCGUAGGUUGGAUCAACACCUGUUUUUGACCCAACCGGGAUCAAUUAAAUAGAGCACUUAAAAUAAGCCAAAUUUUUAUAAAUGUAGUCUGGUGAAAUUUCCAGUCUAUUAUACUUUUUUACCAAACGUUUGUUGUGUAGUUGCUUUCUCUGUGAAAAGUAGUAUUCUCCCGAUUAAAGUUGUUUCUUUUGAGAUAUUUAUCCCGUUUAUCUUCUCUUGCCUCAUAUAACCACAACGACAAUUUUACGAAGGGGAUUGGUUUCUAAAGUAAUUUGGCUUUGAAUUGGUGGAGGAGUGUAACACAAAACUUGGCUUUAUCAAAUGGGUUCGUAAAAAAUUAGCCAUUGGACAGAGUAAGGAGAAGCCGCCCAUUAGAGCAGUAAAAUUUUAAUACGAUUUAAUUAGGCAUUGUGAGACAUACUCAGGAGCAUUGUUUUCGUUGUAGAAAAAGCAGAGGAUUUCAAUAAUGCUGGCAAUGAUGCAUACAGAAAGAAAGAUUUUGCCAAAGCCAUUUUCUUUUACACGGAAGGAAUCAAAGUUGAAUGCAAGGAUAAAGAAUUUGUUUCCAAGCUGUACAACAACAGAUCGACAGUAUACUUCUAUCAAGGUAAGUUUUUAAGGAUAAACAAUACACUGGUAGAUCAUGCACUCUCAUUUUUUUUUACAAGCAAGACAUUCUCGCUGAAAGAAAGCUCGGGUUGCCUCUUUCUUUUUGAUCUCCGUAAAAGAUAUAAUCAAGCAAUAUUUCGGUGCGUAAAUUGUUUUUCUUACCUUUUCCUAAAAAGAAAAUGAAGAGAUGUUACGAAUUCUGGGUUUUCAAAACGAGAAGUCUUCAAUUACGCCCGCCCACGACUUAGUGAUGCAGACGAGGAAAAAUUUAAUAAGCGCCGCUGUGGGGAGUUUUAAAAAUACGGUAAAGGUAAUGAAAGUGUUGUGUUGGAUUUGAAGACAGCCUGGCCGAAUGCUGUGUUUAAAUAUACGCUGGCUAUCCGUUUAGCAAUUUAACGUGAAUUAAUAGAUUUUAUGUGCAUAAAUGUGUAUGGUAACUCUACGCUUUCUAAGUAUUAUUCUUUAUAAUAUCGGUAUAAAAAAACUCAAUCUUUUUCAGGGAAUUACCAGGAUUGUCUAAGUGACGUAAAAGCUGCAACAACACUAAAAGCGUCUUAUCUCAAGGCCAUUAUUCGAGGUAAAAAUAAAAAGAAAUUUGAAAAUCUGAAACUUAAUCUUAAUUUGGCAUUUUUCUCGCUAAGCGAGCGGCCGAAGGCCCCGAGUGAAGCGAAUUUAUAAUCUCGUCGCGCGCGAAGCGCGCGUUUAUCACGUGAACCACGCGUCGUCUUAACCAGAUGCAAAAUUCGAUGCGCCAUAAAUCUGUGAAUAUAUGCUUGGUGUCCGCCAAAGACGUCAUGGAGCAUUUUGCGUUUCCAGGCAACAUAGACUUUUCCACAAAUGACCGGCGCAUUUUUAUGUAUUAUUCAUGAAUGGCUCAUGUGUUUUAUAAUAUUCAUCUAUGAAACAAUGUUUACAAUCGGUGAAUCACGAGCAAUUUCCCAUUCAGAUGACACAGAACAACAAGCACAACCCGUGGCUAGAAAUCCCCGAUUUUUAACCGAAACUCCUCUGGAGAACGCCGACUAAAAUUCGUCGUGAGCAGAGAAGACGACGACGACAAGAAGCCGCGUGCAAAGCGCAGAGAACAUCGCUUAGCACAGACCCAAACCAGCAGAUUUUCCCUCAACAGAAAACAAAGAAGUCUUUUGCUUUACGUCAUCUUUGUCCAGUACACGAAGUUUUGAGUGGAAUUGGGAACCAUUAAUAUCUGGACAAAUUGUGAAUUCAUUUGGUCAGGAAAAGUGUACAUUUGACUAUCUGGGACUUUUAAAAACUAUUCCUGUGACAACCAUGUCUCAACAAGCUCAUGCAUGUUAAGAACUGAGAAACUGACGAACUUCAACAUGAACUUGUAUGUGGACGUACAAUACAAAUUCCACUCUUGCAUGGAUAUUUGUUUCUCAUGCAUGUAUUCAAAUAAAUGUGAACACUUUCAUAAAUGAUUUGGUACUCUUUACAGGGAUAAUUCAGUGCUAAUGAGGGUACCGCGUAUUCAGUAAUCAUCAUAAUCAAAAUUCUCCUCAACUGCAUCCUUAAUGACAUUGCUACAUGUAAUUUCUAUUUCAGUGUAAGUCAGUGAUUAUGUUUGCACCUUACUGUUAAAACAAUUAGUUGUCAAGUGUGAUUAUCAUACAUGCCAACCCUCCCGGAUACGACAACGAUCUCCUCCCACACGGGUCACCAAAUCUCCCGGAUAAAAUCGAGUUAUGAGCUUUUCUGUGCUUUAAUUUGAAAUUUAUCCCAUUUUUUUUCCCAAAAUUCGAAUUUCUUUUGAUUCAAAGUUCAGUUUCUGGGGCAUCUCGCAUGUAUAUCAUCACUGACAAAGAUUAUUUCCUAUUACAAUCAUAAAAGCUAUUGUGAUGGUUCUGUACCUCAUGUAAGACUCCAUAUAAUGUCCUAAGCUGAUAAGGGACUGGGUCGAACUGUGCUUAUGGGGGAGGGCGGAGAGGGUAAUGCAAAGGAAAGUGUGUCUAGAUUUUAGAUUUCCCAGAGGUUGGCAUCAGUCUGGAUUAUGUACCACAACAAUAGUGCAAACACCCUCAUUGCUGUAGUUCACUUAAGGUAUUUGCACAGGCAAAUUCUCAACAUUUUAUUUUGCACUCAAAAUCUUUCUACAGUAAGUUCAGAUGAUGUAAUAUGCAUAUCUGGUGUUCUUUUUUGAAUAUACCUUCGCAUUAAAGAGAAAAUCUACUCAAAAGUUGACUGAUUUACCGGAAGUUAAAGAAAAAUUGUCAUUUCCGUUACUAAGAAAAUGGACGGCAGGAGCGCAAUUUGACCCCUCUUUCCAGCAUCAAGUUCUAUUGAUGCGCUGAACAAAAUCUAUUCACUGCUUAGAUUCAUUGACAAACUACAGCCGCUGUAUGUGCAACUUGAUUUUUCUUCCUUCUGUUAAAGCUGUGAUGACUAAUAUUACUUGCUUCUUGUCAAAAUUCGUUAUGUUCUUGAAAUAUACUCCGUUUUCCAGGGCUUAAUAUUGUUUUAAAUUUACAUUACAUCGGUGUGUCUUCUCACCUGAUAUAUUCUGACAAUUUUGCCGGGAGAGUAAAACGUUUUCUUGGCCCCUAAUCCUCUGGUCUGUUUUUCUGCCAAUUUCUUUCACUUUACAGAAGCAAUUCUUUUCAAUUUUGAAUAAAACUCUUCUUCAAUCUUCAUACUUCGGCGCGCUUCACUGCAUUAUAGCUGACACUGAGUAACGCAUCUUCCAGAAAUGCGUCACACCUAGCAACUGGUCACGUAUCAAAAUCCAAGGGGGCUAUAGAGAGGUCAUUUGGCAUUUUCUUAGGCUUCCACGAGCAUUUUACACAGCGGUGAUUCAAAAUGGCGGGCAAGAAGGUCUGUGAUGGUAGUAUCGAGGAAAAACAGUUGAUUUUGAGAAGAAAAUAAGCUUUUUCACACUGGAAAAGCGUUAAUUACCGCGUGACCGAUUUACCUUGACUUACGGGAACCAGUUUUUUGGAGGAAUGGAUCAUUAUUUCUUUGUGAAAUUUGGCAAAUACACAAAGAGCAUGUUAAUGAACAGAUCUGUGUUUGACUAAAGGUUAGAAUUGCCGUACAGCUGAGUUAUUGAUGUCAAAAUAUGGGUCAAAUUACAAAAUAGCAAAUUGUGCCCUAAAGGCUGGAUUAAUUGGAGCUGUGUCGUAGUCAAACACAGAAUUAUUCUAUCUUACGUCCUUAUUUGUGUUACAUUUCUUUUUUAACAAUACCUCUAAGGAUUCUUCUGAAAUUUUGAUUUUUCUCUUUCCGUGCCACCCUAGGGGGUAAUUAAAUUAACACCUUUUGGGUGACAUAACAUAGUUUAUUUUGAUAUAUUCUAGUUCCUCAAGAACUGAGGAAUACUGUCAAUGUAGUGACAUACAGAUAUUAUCCAUAAAACAACCACUAAAAAUGAUGCAAAAAUGUGCAAAAUUUGCCUGUGCAGAUACCUUAACAAUAAAUAUUUUACGUCAAUUGCCAGCAUUUACUUGUUAUUUUCAAUGCACUACUAAUGACAUACUUCACAAGUAAUUAUGAUUACACUUAUUAUUAAAGACAACAUUGGUUAGCUGCAUAUUCACCUCUCUUUCAUGCAGUUAUUUACUAUCACACCCAUUUUCUUUUGACUAUUUUUUACACAUGUAGGAGGGUUAAAUGCGCGGUGAACACGGGACCUAUGAAACAUUGGCUACCCUUCUUAACAACACCAACCCCAUUAAAAUCCCAGAACAUCCUUUUUAACGACAGAGCACUGGGUUCAAAUUUACUCCAACCAAAAGGAGAUUAAGUACAUCUCACAUUCCAAUAUUAGAGCCAGUGUUGAAACCCGCCCUCGUAAGCUACACAAAUUACUCCGAUUCUCUCCUCCCUUCCAUCCCUGACAUUUUAUGGGCAUCCCCCCACCCCGAGCUUCGCGAGUUCCUGCGAUACACGUAUUUCUAGUAAAUGAGUCUAACUAUUUUCACUAGGGGCGAAAGCCUGUGCAAAGUUGAAGCAGUUUGAAGAAGCCAUCAUUUGGUGUGAUAAAGGACUAGCUGUAUCCUUUCUUAGUAGAAUACAAAUUUCACAGUACAGUUAUUACUUCCUUGACUUCUAACAGGACACUACAAUCUUAUCUAAAUGAGUUUUAAUAAGUAAAGUCGGUUUAAAUAAGUUACCUGUUGGUAAAGGGUUUUAGUAGCUUAAACAAACUGCUGUCGUUCAUAUGUACAAUAAGGAUUAUCAAUUAUACAAUGCAGUCGAUACUCCAACUAAUGCUGCUAUUGUCAGAACUACGACCUCUGCCGCCAUUUAGGUUCUAGGCUUAGAACACAGAUUAUUUAAAACAUCUUUACACUUGUAAGAUUGAUCCAGACAAGCAGGAUCUCUUAGAGAUAAAGAGUCGCUCUAACAAAGAACGCGAAACGCUUCCAACUCUUGGAGGAGACAAAGCAGAAAGAGCAGAGGGCGGUUCACGACCCCACCCAAAACCUCUUGAUUGCACAUGUAAGUAAAACUCAAACAGAAAUCAUAACUUUUAUCCAUGUUUACAUCAAGUAGAUCAACUCUUCGUUCAGGGAACGUGGUCUUUCUUAUUUAUUUGGCCUUUGCUCAUUCACUUACGCGAAGAACACAAAUUUAGUUUGAUUAUUAUUUCAGCCAUAGCAGAGACCCGAAAAAAGGCUGGCAAUGAUGCAUUUCAUAAAGAUGAUUUUAACAAGGCUAUCAACCUGUACACCGAGGGAAUUGAAGUAAAAUGCAGGGAUGAGGAUCUGAAUGCCAAAUUGUACAAUAACAGGGCGACGGCCCACUAUCGCUUGGGUAAGUAUCAUUCAUAUCAACUUUACGCAUCUUCAUAAUAAUAAUUAACAACUUAAUCACUUAUAUUGCGCAGGUAUUCAUAAAAAUGAUCAAAUGCGCAUUACAUUAGUAUUAUUACUAAUGUAAUGAAAAGCAUGAAAAAAACUACAAACCUAUUUACAAUAAGCAAACCAAUAAAAAUAUAUAUAUAUAUAUAUAUAUAUAUAUAUAUAUAUAUAUAUAUAUAUAUAUCCGCCAUAAAAAUAUAAAAUAUCUAUAUGCGACAAAACUCUUUCAAACAUAAGCAAACUUAAAAAGGUACGUUUUACGAUUGCUCUUAAAAGUAUGCAAGGUUGGAAUAUCGCGAAGCUCACGCGGUAGAGCAUUCCAUAACUUGGGCGAAGUCACCUGGAAAGACCUAUUGCCUAGUGUGACCUUAAUUCUAAAUGUUGAUGAUGUCAGCAUCUUCAACAACGCAUUCUAUUUCGUAUCCACUAUUCUGUGGUCUUUUCUACAUGUAUCCCUGCCUUUUUAGGCAAUGACGCGUCUUGAAUCUCAAUUCCACUGUCUCCAUUGAUUUUUGUAGCGUGUAGUCUUAUUUUGAUAUCCUCUUUUAUCCUACCAUAGUACUGGUCAGUGAGGCUCUCGGUCGAUAAACGUAAGAUAAAGCCGAUGGUGCGCGGUCUUAUUUGCAUGUUUUGAAAUGGAUAACGUCUGCGAGUUUGUGAACCCCGUGACGCCUGGAACAGGCUACGCUCGCAAAAAAUCUCAAUAACUACAGUAAUAGCCCGCGUAUGAGAACCUGGGUUUUAAGAACCUGUUAGGCUAAAAUUUUCAUUUUAAGCCCCCUCCACAUAAGAACCUAUUUAGGCUAAAAUUUUAAGUUAGGAUCUUAUUAGUGGGGUUGCAGUAAAAGUUUAUAGGUAGAAACUGCUGAAUUAAGAUCAUCAUCUAGGACAUAUGCUGUACCUGCACUGAACUGCCUAUAUAGGCAUUGCUCUAUGGUACAAAUAAAUGAUUUACACUGUACUAUCAGAUGAUAUUUAUAAUAUAUAUAGUAUAUUCAGAUAAAAUUCAUAUGAAAAUAUAAGAACCUAUUUUAAGAACCUCGGUAGCCUAAAUUUGCUUUAAGUACCAUUUAUAUAAGAACUUAUUUAGGCUAAAUUGAAAAAUUCAGGUUCUUAUACGCGGCUAUUACUGUACUCAAUCUUGUUUUCGUGGGUCAAUAUUUAAUCCUCAGAGAGCAAAAAAAAUAGUGAUGUAUAGCGCAAGUAAUGUGUUGGAUUUGAAGACGGCCCGACCUUAUGCUACCUUUCAGGCACUACUCCUCAACUAAGCGACGCGUGGAAACAAAGAGUAAAUGUUAAGCGCACGUCUUUUUCGAGUAAAUAAGGUGUGCCGUAAUUCUUUUUUUAACCUACUUUUUAUUGAACGUAGUUCUUCUUUUUUCAGGGCAUUAUCACGAUUGUCUUGGUGACGUAAAAGCUGCGACAGCAUUACACCCCUCUAACCUGAAGGCAAUUAUCAGAGGUGAAAAUGAAAGAAAUUUGAAAAACUGA